AUGGCGAAGUUUUGUCGCCUAAAAAGGUGUGCUGAAAUAAAUUAAUUGAAGAAUAACUACUUUCAAGAAAGCAAGUAAAUGAUUUUUCCAGAAUAAUAACUAAUAAUUGAAACAAUAAGUAUAAGUUAGAGUUAGAAACAGCUUUAUAUUCAAUACGGACACCUGCUAGUUGCAGUCUUGAAACUACAUUGGACGUGCAAUAUUUUACAUAAAAUAUCAAGUAGCCGUGCAUCCAGUUAGUUUUGAAUUUACCUCAGUAGUGAAAGUAAACAGCAAUACUGACAGAACUCCUCAACAACAUUAACUGAAAUAAAUUGUUUUGCUUUUGAGCCAUGAAAAACAAAACUAUAAAAAAUUGAAACCUAUCACUUGCACUAAUAAAUAAUUCAACACCGCCACAAGGAAUUGUUAAUUCAAGGUUAACAGUUCCCCAGUCUUACAAGUUUCCUUUCUACAAAGGCCUAUUUUUUGAGUAACAUAGAUAACAAACAAACGUUUCUUUAAAGCUUUAAUUUCUGCUUCGAUCUGCUAGUGUCUGUAAUUAACAGCUAACGUUUAAUCGAAAAGGCCUCUGUGACACUAGUUAACUGUUCCUGUUUUAGCCAUAGUCCGAGCUUAAACCACCUGUCAAUUCAUUGGAGAAAAUAAACAGAAAUUUGUUUUGGUUACCUCGAAACUAAGUUCGUUUGGAAAAGAAUAAAGAAACAAAUAAAAAAUAAAGGUAUUUGACUCGCAGCUUACAAAGUAAACUAAGCGUGAGUAUGCGGGAUCGAGGUAGAAUCAAAGAAAAUUUUAAACUGAAAGGGCCAAAUAUUAAAACCAAGUCUCACUUGGUCCCGAGGCAAACAGUCUUAAUUUUUUUUCCACAGAAUCGCCUCAAUGUUUUAUUGAGAUUCUCGGGAAUCUCUAAUUGAGAUUAUAUAACUGGAAAAUUCAUUAAACUUCGCCGUAACGACGGUAGUCGAUCAACAUUCGCAGGUGAUAGUGCACUUUUACCCUCUGACAUCAUAGAUUUUGCAAUGUUGCCCGCUCAGAGAUUUUGGCGGGAAACAGUUUCAUUGUUAGAUGUCAUGUGACCUUGAAGUAACCGAUAAGAUCGCGCGCUGUUGAGUAAAAAUUUCAACUAUGUAUUAAAAACAAUUACAUUUACAGUACAGUUUUACAACUAGAUGUUGUUGCAAAUAUUAGAAUUAUUCUCUACUUUCUGCAACAAAAUUCUGCAACCUGCAAAAACCUGAUUUGUUGCAAGACAGGUUUUAUUCCCGGAUGGUGAAACGGGCAACAUUGUUAGUGUGCGUAUUGCAAAUCAAAUGCCACCAAGUUUCUUACAUUUAUGGUCGCAAUGUUUUUACAUUAGUGGUUAAGUUUUUUAUUACAUUAAAGGUUAGAAAAUUUUUACAUUGGUGGUUAACUUUUUGUUACAUUAGUGGUUGAUAUUUAUUACAUUAAUGGUUCGUAUUACAUUAGUGGUUGGUAUUUAUCACAUUCACGGUAGUUAGUGUUACAAUAGUGGUCGAUUAUUGCAUUAGUGGGUGAUACAUGGGGGACUCCAGGUUGGUGAGGUAACCCGUUCAGGUGGGGUAAAAAAUAACCGCCGUUUACAUGCAACCUUACACACCGUAAUCCCGGUAUGCACUUUUUCUCAAGAUUACUUAAUGGUCGCUUGGCACGUAAACACAAAAAUGGUGGGCAAUAACGUGUUUCGGCGGUUAACGCUCUUCUACUCUCUCCUACUGCUCUUGUUGUAGCCUUUCAGUGGUGUGGCUUUUACUUUUAAUGAUUCAAAGCCUCUGGAAAAGGUAUUUGGGCGAAUUAAAUGUAAUGCGAAUACAGGUAGGUUACCCCACCUUGAAACGUUCACAUGGCAAAAUUUGACCCCGACUGAAAGGGUUACCCGCUCUGGCAGACAGGGCAACCCGCCUGGGUGAUCCAACCCAACUAUAAUAAAAACGUCAUCAAAUUGAAAUGAGACUGAUUAUAUAGACAGGCAGGUUACCCGACCUAAUGGGGUUUCCUACCUGGGGUCCCUUACCUCCAUGUAAACAGGCCCUUAAAAUGCUGUUAUAAUUUUCCUUUAUUUUUUUUGUCCCAGUGCGUCCCAUACUCUCCAGCAUGGCGGUUUUAUACCACUUUUAUGAGAAAUUGCAAUAUACUGGUCGUUAAAACAUCUUAAGACAAUUUUUUAACCGAAGCAUAACAACAAUAUCGAAAGCAACUACUCAAAAUAAAUUUAUUUGAAACGCAACUAAAAAUCAUUUAAAUAAAAUUUCUUUACAGAUGUUGACGAAAGAGGUACUCGCUGCCAUAUUAUUCUUAAUGCUCGUCCAAUCAGGCGCUAGUUUCACUUCUUCUUCUGUAUCUGCUUCACCAUCUGUAAUCAAUUCUUAUUCAAGCACCACUCCCGGUUCGUCUUCAAGUGCAAGCAAUUCGGCCUCUCCAAUGGGAUCCUCAUCUCAAACAUACCCGCCCUCUACAAGCACUGUCACCAACACUGUGACCAUCACGGUGACAAACACUGUUACCAGUGACGUCACCAGUACCGUUACACAUAUUGUGAACCAGACUAGUGGGAUGACCAUAUCACCAACCGCAGCUGAAACUUGGGGAGUCAGUCCUUCAUCUAUGUUAUCUGGUAGGUAUCACUAGUUGUCCAUUUUUUUUAGUAAAAUCCCAAAUAGGAUUGGCAUUAGCCAAUCAUAUAUCGAGAUUAAUCUUCACGAGCCACGCGCGGGGCCACUUGAUUUCUAUCUACUUGGCUAUAGGUCAACUCUUGGAAUUUCUACAUCAGGCUCUUUAUUCCAAAAACAAACUUAAGACAAAUAAUCCAUUAAAAAGGCGUAAGGAGGAUACACACUCUCACCACCCUUAUUUUCUCUAUGCACAAAGAGAGUGAUUAACGAUUUUUAAAUGAAAGAGAUGCAGAAAAAGGCUUAGGCAGAAUUCGAAGGAAAUAUGCAUUUCCAUGCAUUUUUCCUUGUUUGAAAUAUUCAGAUUAACCUAGAGAUCCAAAAAAGAACAAGCAAGUUUUCACGUAGAAAUCCUCCUCUCAAAGUGGUAAUGAUAAUGUUCACAAUUUACAAUCACAAGAGAGCAAUACUGCAGUCAGAAACUGAUUUUCCUUGUUAUUAUUUUAAAGUUGUGUGGAACAAAUGGAAAACCGAAAAAGACACCGACUGUAAAGAAAAGUGUUGUGACACAGGGGGCCUAGCUAUCAAACAAGUGAGGGAUUGUACAAUUCACCAACCACGAUGUAACUUCACAGAAUGUAUGUAUUAUGGUCCAGUUGAACGGGAAAUCUCCUGUUACACGGCUUGCAGCCACUGCAUGCCCAGUAAAGGUAAGAUGUUAUCAUGAGAAUCUCUUUUUCUUUGUGCGGUUAAAUAUAAACUAGCCAUUUUACCCAUGGGCUGUUGCCCAAGGGGAAGCAACGUUCCCCACAGUGAAAUUGCCUUGGGAAAAUGUCCAUGGAUACGUCAAAAAGAACAAAAAAUUCCCAAGGCAGUUCCCAACGUAGGUUCUAUGGGUUAAAGAACCCAAAGCGGCUCAACCAAUCACGAGAAAGUGAAAUGUACCAAACAGUAGAAAUCACGUGUUGUUUUUGUGUUGAGUUCAUUCGUACGCGAAAGGGAACUCAAAGUGCGAAAACACAGAAGAAUUUUGAGCGCUGCUGUAAAUGUUUUUAAGUUUAAUAAAUAGCACCUUUAAAAAACCCUUUCAAGUUUUCUUUUCAUCGGUGUUCAAGAAUGUGUAAAUCCCUACUUAAGAUCUUGAGCGAGAACGGGUCUUUCUUUAGCGCGAAUGAAGUCGACGUCUUCAUUUUUUGUCUCAAAAUAAAUGGCUGAACUGCUCUUGCUAAGCGUAAUUGAUGUGAAGGUUUAUUAAAAGUGUAAAAUUAAAAACUGGUCGAAGAUAACGACGUUUCCCGCGAGACCGUGCUCAAGCUUUUUCUUCCCCUUGGGCAAUUUAUCGAUAGCUGUGUAACCACAAACAUGAAAGUGAUCAAAAACCAGAGCGAACCCAACCCAAGCUAUUUCCCUAAGGAGCUUUGGGAAAAAGUCUAGUGUAACCACACCUAUAAUUGUAUCUUUUCAAGGCCGAGAAACGGAAAAAUGGCCACGUGACAAAUUUCCCUCCAUUUUGUUCUCAUGUUCAUUAAAAAAGUAAAUGAGAACUGUAUUUUUUUUGCCACUUCUCACAGCUCACAGCUCUCCAGGAAGGGGGCGUAGGGGAAAGGGGGGGGGGGGUGUACAAAUACCGCCAAAUCGCACAGAAUUACUUACAAACACCUUACCGAAUAACAUAAGAAAACCGCAAACCGCAUUAAAAUUACUUGAAAAUUUCUAAAUACCGCAAAACCGCUUGGUUUUGUAAAACCUCAGUACCGCAACUUAAAAUAAAAAUUUCCGCAAAACCGCACCAAAAAUCGAGAAAUCGAUGUUAGAAUUACGAUUGAAAAUUGUACCCCUCGACCCUAACAUCAUUUUAAAUUAUUUUUUUAAUGUUUAGGAUAUAGCAUGGCUGGACCGGAGCUCCUUUUAAUCACCGCAGCUCUUCUUAUCUCUAUGUAUGUAUUUUACCUAUCACCUUAAUAAAUUUAAUGAUUGAUAGGCAGGUCACAAUUUUGACGAAGAAUAGGCAAUCUGACUGACUGUGGUUGCACGCCCUCGGUUCACGCAGCUUGCAGAUUUUAGUCUCUCCACACAGUACCCUCAAUAGAAAAAUGGAGGGCUGAUUCAUUGCACAAACUUUGAAGCAAAAUAAGACACCGCGGACAGUUUAUUCUAAAUUGCACGUUUAUGUUGUAGUUAAUUUUUAGUUUUCUAUCGUUUUUGGAUCUUUUUGGGUAUGGUCAUGUAUGUGAAUGAAUUUUAAACAAAGGAAAAACAAAAAUUAACUGAAAUAAAAGAAUUAUACGCAGUUACUAACUUGAUGUUAAGAAACUAGCUAAGGACAUCAUGACAUUGAACAGACAAGGGUACCUUGAAGUUUUUUUGUAGAAUGACCAAAACGUUUAGGGUAAAAAAGAUGGGUAGAAAGAUGUCACGCCCUCACUCUGCUCACUUCAGCCGUUUUGCAUGUGUUGAUAUUCUGUUUUGUAGAGAAGAAAAGGAGCGUGAGAAAUCUUACAAUUUGUAUUCUAAAGAGUCUGAUUUCACUUAUUAUUUUAUUUGCAUGUUAUAGAGCUGCAGUGCGACCCUGAGAAGAAACCAAGAGGCCAUAUCAAAGUGUGACACUGAUUUACAGGAUUCUUAAUAUUGCAUUGUAGAUAAAACUUCUGUCCAGCAGAUAUCGAGCUCAUUUAAAGAAAAGUUGCGUAGUAUAGUUAGUUACACAAGAAUAUCAUGAGCUUCAACAAUUAGCAAGAAAUAUGAGCAUCCGACGGAAUUCGAAUCCAUAUCCUCUCAAGUCCGAACCCAUUACCCCCCAGUACAAAUCAAUUGCCGCCGGAGACUCAGAUUCAGUGUCCCUGCAAGGACUUGGCCGCAAGAAAGCUAUGGCCGUUCCAAGUUUAAAAGUUACUUAUUAUUAUUCACGACAAGAGAGCUCUGGUUCAUGGUUAUUACUACAUUUAAUAUUCAGUUUUAAAAGGACUUCGGUGCGCGAGGUCGAAAGUUCGAUCCCCGAUGACAUCACAUCCUUGUUUCAACUUCUCUCCUUUCUGUGUAGCUUGGACUAGCUUUAAAUACCCUUAAAACGUAGCAUUUAUUUAUGGAGAGACGAGGGUAAAAUGAACGCACCGUCGACCUCAAUUUUUACUGUCGAGAGUUAUCGACGUAAAAUACCGUAAAAUUCCGAAAAUAAGCCCCGGGCUUUAUAUUCAUUUUUUUCAAAGGCCCUU